CAGUAACCGCCUCUAUUGUCUCCGAGCAGCAGCAGCGCACGGACGGAUCUGCGCGUGCAGGGGAGCGGCACACGCUGACCCGAAUCUCCAGGCAGACGGAGGGAGCACGAGCGGACCUGGACGUGUACACUGAACGGGCAUCAUGACUGAUGUAUUUUGAGUCAUUCCUCUUUGAAUAAGAGAGAGCCUUCGCAUUCAAAGUACUGCGGAUGUGUUGUUGCGCGUGGUGAUUCUGGGCAGGCUGUCCUGUCAGUUGCUUUUAAGCGGAGAACGUGUUGCGUUUUUGCUCGCGCGAACGGCUUUAUCACCCCCUUGUUUCCUCGUGAGUUAAGGUGAUUAUUGAGACUUUAGGUCCAUGAUUCGACCAGGAAAAUGGGCUGUUGCGUCUGCGAGACACAGCUGUUUUAGUCAGACUUGACAACCGCGGAUUUUAGCGCUUGUUUUGGUCGCUUGUUUGAAAGGAGGCUCGAGAAGCGCCGCAGGGCGAUCCGUGACACCCUUUCCGCGACACCCCCACCCAUUUUUAGCGGAUACUUUUGGAUGGGGGGCAAACAGAGUACGGCGGGGCGGCCCCGGGGUGCUUUUCCCGGUGUCUCAACAGAUGACAGCGCGGUGCCACCCUCGGCCCACUUCGGGCACUACCGGCCAGGUGGCACGAUGGGACUGCGCAGCCGCUCGGUGAGCUCCGUGGCGGGGAUGGGCAUAGAUCACAGCGCCACGGUGCCCUUCGGGUUUUACACCCCCAGAGGAACAGACACGGACAGAGCAGGAGGGGGGUCUGGCUCGGAUCCUGCUCAUAACGGGAACGGAUACCAAGAAACUGGCGGGGGGCACCACACGGACGGUAUGCUUUACCUGGGACCCCGUGCGUCGUUGGCAGACACUUUGCCCCUGCACAUCGCGCCCCGAUGGUUUAGCGCCCACAGCGGAUUUAAGUGUCCUGUCUGCUCCAAAUCAGUGGCAUCCAAUGAGAUGGAGGUUCACUUCAUCAUGUGUCUGAGCAAGCCCCGCCUCUCCUACAACGAUGACGUGUUGUCAAGAGACGCAGGAGAAUGUGUAAUAUGUCUCGAGGAGCUACAGCAAGGAGACACAAUCGCUAGACUGCCGUGCCUCUGUAUCUAUCACAAAAGCUGUAUAGACUCCUGGUUUGAGAUCAACCGCUCCUGCCCUGAACAUCCUUCAGACUGACCUCCAUCAUCUACUUCUGCUAACACUGAGAAAGGGCACUUUAUGGACCUAAACCUGGAUAUCAUGACACAAAAAUAACCAAAUAAAUCAAUCCACCAACCAAUUCGGUCAAACCUACGGAAACGGCAAUGUGUCAUCGCAAAACUGAACCAAAUAAAAGCGUUCAUCCAGCCGACACCGUCAUUACCACUUGCAUCCCAGAAUCUCCUACGCGCUGUGCUAGAGAUUGCUAAACUGCUAACCGGACCCCCCACGCCAACCACCAACACCGGAUCUCUGGCUUUGGAUAACGUCUCGUUUUCUCGCCUCCUCUACAUGCUCCGUGUGCUUGUCGACGUGUGUUCAGUCUGUAUUUUGACCCGGUCCUCUCUCCUUGUGUAUGUAAUCAGAUGGAAGGAAAUGGGAAAGAGGGGCGGGGCAACAAAAAGGGCGGAGUGAUAAAG